CAAGAAAGCGGAAAAAAUAGGAAAAAGAAAAUAAAAACUCAAUUCGCACGCAAAUACAAUGAGUUAAUAAUCAAGUUGACAACAUAAGGAUGGAUGCUAUAACGACCAAUAAUAAUGUUGAUGACGAUCAACAAUCAAAAUUUAAUUAUCAUCAUCGAAGUAUUUCCAUUGUUUUCAUCGUAUUUGUGAUAAUAUUUUUCUUAUUGAUCAUAAUAUUGAUCAUUUCAUAUGCAUUAUUAUUCCAUACAAUUGCAAAAGAUUCUGAUCAACUAGAUGAUUAUAUUCGUCAUUAUCUACGAAAUUGGCCAAGUAUAAUUAUACAAAUAUUAACGUUUAUGGCAUUAUCAUCUGCUUGUUUAUUGGCUACAUUUGCUGUUUAUCUAUUACGUGAUCAAUAUAAAUGUCGAUCGCUAUUGAAUUGUAACAAUUGUUAUGAAGAACAAACAACGACCACAAUAAUAAAUGUUGAUAAAAAUUGUGAUGAUACAAUCACAAGAAGUUCUAUUAAACCGAUUGAUGAAAGGGGUACGAUUGCCGUUAGCAUUGAUAAACAAAUAACUAUACAUUGAAUACAUUUCAUUUCUAUACUUUUCCAUUCUUAUAGUU